GGUGGUUGUCGGGCUGUUCACCGGUUCGGGGUGUCGGCGUCGCUUGGUGGGCACCGAGGUGACGGAGCGAAAAGCGGGAGGAGAGAAGUUGGCCCCGCUGCCCAGAGGCGGCUGUGAGGCCCCCUGCGCCAGUAGUUGACGGCGGUGCCCUAGUUCCCGCCCCGCUCGCCGCCUCUCCCGGCUCGGUUCUUCCCACCGGCCGGUGACCGAGGCGGCCCUGAUGAGGCCGGCUCAGAGUGCCCUGUAAGGAGGUGAAGGAAGUGCCUAUGGUGUGGGCUGGGGCUGUCUGUGGAACUGUCACUGUGGAAGGGUCAGAGUCAUGAGGAAGGUGCAGUCCAACGAGUGAGAUGCAGUUUUGGCAGGACCGUGUGGUCUUUGAGGACGUGGCUGUGUAUUUCUCCCAGGAGGAGUGGGGCCUCCUUGAUGAAGCUCAGAGACACUUGUACCAUGCUGUGAUGACGGAGAACUUUGCACUUGUGACCUCCCUAGGUUGUUGGCAUGGAGCCCAGGAUGAGGAGGCACCUUCUGAGCAAAGUGUUUCUGUAGGGAUGUCAGAGGUUGGGACUCCAAAGCCAGAUCCAUCCACCAAGAAGGCCCAGCCCUAUGAGAUGUGUGACCCACUGUCCAAAGACCUUUUGCACCUACCUGAGCAUGACGGAAUGUACCCUGAUGAAGGGCUAUAUAUUUGUGGGGCAAACCUUUUCCAGCAGCAGAAGGAGCAGAUUAGAGACAAACUUUCCAGAAGGGAUGAGGGGCAGCCUUCAUUUCUUACCAACAGCAGCAUUCACUCGGCAGAGAGGACCUUGACAUGCAGCAGAGACGGAAAGGACUUCCCAGGCAGCACAGGCCUUCUGCAGCAGCCGGCCCCUCACAGUGCGGGGAAGCCACACAGGGACACUGAGUGUGGGGAAGCUUUUGCUAGUGGGCAGAGUGAUUACAGGUGCACUCAGUGUGGGAAAGCCUUCCAUCAAAAACAGAUCCUUGUUGAGCACCAGAAAAUCCACACUGGUGUAAGGCCUUAUGAGUGCAGCAAAUGUGGGAUGGCCUUCAUUAGAAAGUUUCACCUUGUUCAGCACCAGAGAAUCCAUACUGGAGAAAGGCCUUUUCAGUGCAGUGAAUGUGGGAAAUGCUUUAGGUACAACUCCACACUCAUUAGUCAUCAGAGAGUUCACACUGGAUUGAGCCCUUUUGAAUGCAGCAAAUGUGGGGAAUUCUUCAAGUACAAUGCCAACUUCCUGAAACAUCAGAGAAAACACAAUGGAGAAAGGCCUUAUGAGUGCAGAGAAUGUGGAAAAUUCUUUAGGUACAACUAUAGACUGAUAAGACAUGGGAGAGUUCACAGUGGAGAACGACCUUAUAAGUGCAGCGAAUGUGGGAAAUUUUUCAGGUACAGCUCCACAUUCAUUAGACAUCAGAGAGUUCAUACUUCAGAAAGGCCUUAUAAGUGUAAUGAAUGUGGGAAAUUUUUUAGGUAUAAUUCCACACUCAUUAAACACCAGAGAGUUCACACUGGAGAAAGGCCUUAUGAGUGCACUGAGUGUGGGAAAUUCUUUAGGUACACAUCCACCCUCAUUAGACAUCAAAGAGUUCAUACUGUAGAAAGGCCUUAUGAGUGCAGCUUGUGUGGGGAAUACUUUAAGUCCAAGUCCAAACUCAUUAAACAUUGGCAAAAUCACACUGGAGAAAGGCCUUACGAGUGCAGUGAAUGUGGGAAGGCGUUUAGGUACCACUGCAGACUCACUAGACAUAAGAGAGUUCACAGUGGAGAGAGGCCUUUCGAGUGCAGUGAAUGUGGGAAAUUCUUUCGGUACAACUCCAACCUCAUUAAACAUUGGAGAAAUCACACAGGAGAGAGGCCUUAUGAGUGCAGAGAGUGUGGGAAAGCCUUUAGCCACAAGCAUAUACUUGUUGAGCAUCAGAAAAUCCAUACUGGAGAAAGGCCUUAUGAGUGCAGUAGAUGUCAGAAAGCCUUCAUUAGGAAGUCCCACCUUGUUCAUCACCAGAAAAUCCACAGAAGACAAUAUGAGUGCUGUGAAUGUGGGGAAUUCUUUAGAUACAACUCCAACCUCAUGAAGCAGAGAAUUCACAGUGGUAAAGGACUUAUGAAAGGGCCUACUGUAUAGCACAGGGAACUAUAUUCAAUAUCUUGUAAUAACUUAUAAUGGAAAAGAAUCUGGAAAAGAAUUAUAUAUAUAUAUAUAAACUAAAUCACUUUGCUGUACACCUGAAACAUUGUAAAUCAACUAUACUUCAAUUAAAAAACAAAAGACCUUACGAGUGCAGAGGUUAUGGUAAAUUAGGUACUACUACAAACUCCUAACACUGGAGAAGUACCUCAUGAGUUAUGUUGGAGUGGGCCUUCUCAGUACAGUGAGCAUGGAAAGUUGUUUUGGUACAGCUCCCCACUCGUUAGACAUCGAGUUCACACCAGACGAAGGCCUUCUAAGUACAAUGGAUGGAAGUCUUCAGGUGAAACUCCAACCGCAUUAAACAUAUAUUUCACAAUGGAGAAAGGUCUAAGUGUAGCGAAUAUGGGCAUAUGUUCAGCCAAAACUCCCACCUCAUUCAGCACCAAAAAGUUCACACCAGAGAGUAUUGCAAAUGCAGAAAGACUUCAGCAAAAUGUCUGCUCUAAUCUGUCCCUGAGAACUAUUUUUUUUCCUUUGAUUAUGGUAAAAUAU